CUUUUUCUUCUUUGCAUGUAUUUCCCAUGAAACCUUCAACCUUGUUCAUUUUUUCGCUGAUAUACAUCCUGUCUCUGGUAUACCAAGUGAAGGCUGGCAGCUUUGCGGCCUGCUUUGGCCGAAACGGAACCAGCUGUUUCAAACAUAGCUGCGAGCCAUUCAACUGCUGUAACUUCUUUGCUGAUAUCAAGAAUCUCAUGCAGAGCGGUUGGGUCGACGACGAAGCUGGAUGUAUAUUUUACUUCAACAGUGGAUGCGUCGGUGCAACAUACAACAUGAACAGCACUUACAUUGAAGACUUGUCGGAUGCUUUAUUUAUGAAUCAAGCUGCUGUCCGGUGCCAAUAUUAAAACGCUCUCUGUUCGAGCCCAUCCCACCACCGACUGCCUAUUCCUUCCUAUUCUGCAUAGGUCAAACUAAACAUCGUGACCUCUAUACCACCAGAGAUAUUAAAAAAAAACAUCCACACUUAUCAAUAAAAAUGCCUGUAUAACAUAUUCCAA